UCGGAGAGAGGUCUUUAUAAAGUGAGAUACUCCUUUCAGCAUUGACAUUCUCCCUACAGUUCCGCAAAGAGCGAAUUAUCUAGAGAGGAAUACUAGCAUGUGCGAAAUGCGUUUCAUUGUAGCCUUCUUGUUACUGAUGGUGAUUCCCGCAGAUUGUGCGGUUUGCCCAGAUGCAUCUCUGCAAAAAUGUCUGGAUCUUAUACCCUCUACAACUGCCUGCGACGUAGCCAAGAGCUGGCUACAUACACAAAACAGCCCUGUUACAGCGAAGAUUUGUGAUCAACAGAGACAAUCCAUGGAGGCCUCUUGCAAGAGCAUCUGUCCAUCAGUGUCUUGUACAGCAUGUUUCCAAAAGGUCCACAAAGCUGUGGCCGAAUGCGUCGAUUUCUUUGCCAAGAUACAGACAUCUACAAGUAGCUGCGAAGUUCUCAAGAGAAAUCUUAUUCAGCAUUGUACACAACCAAAAAUAUGCAAGGCAUGUAAAAACUCGUUUUGUCAAAAUGGCGGCUCGUGCCACACAGGCCCCACUCCCCACGUGAUUUCGUGCAAAUGCCCCAAAGGGUUCACGGGAAUCUAUUGUUAGUUCAGUCGUUGCGACGCCAAACAUCAAUGUAAGAAUGGCGGCACAUGCGUUGGUAAGAACACGUGCUCAUGCUCACGUGAUUAUACUGGGCCCCAGUGCAGUCGCCGUCGCCUCGGCACAGCAAUCAACCCCGCACCUAACGC